AUGGUCACGGCUGAGAGCAAGGCUCUUGCCGGCUGGCUGCUGCAUCACCGUCCUUCCGAGUGCGAGUUCGGAUCCGAACAGUUUCUUACAAUAUUCCGUAGGUCCCUCCACUCCAUCUCCCCGUGCACACUUCCGCCGGGUCCUUUUUUGUUUCGAAAGCUGGGAUGGCACCAACCGCCCCUCCUCCUCCCCCCUCUUCCCCAAUCCGAAAAAUCUACUCUCCUGUUCCUCGUUCCAGGUAACAGCAACGAUCCCGAAAUGGCCGAAACAUCUACCGAACCGCAGUCAGCGUCGACAUCAACGCCGCUGCCCCGCAUCGCGAUCCAGUUCUGCACUCAGUGUAAGUGGAUGCUUCGCGCAGCAUAUUUCGCCCAAGAGCUCCUAUCGACAUUCGGAACCUCCAUCGGCGAGGUCGCCCUCCAACCCUCCACAGGCGGCACCUUCACCGUGACGCUAACCCACCAACCCGCCGGCGCGACAACGACCUCCUCAACGAUCCUCUGGGACCGCAAGACCGAAGGAGGCUUCCCCGAGACCAAGGAGCUCAAGCGCCGUCUCCGCGACGUCAUCCAGCCCGGCAGAGACCUCGGCCACGUCGACCGUAAACACGCGACGACGGACCAGACUUCAACGACAGCAACAGCAAUCACACCCGAAACCUCUACCCAACAACCACCGACCCUGGCCUCCGACGCACUCGCCGCGGCGCCGACAAUGACGAUGCCUUCCUCCGCGGCCGCCUCGGACGUGGUCUCCCAGCUCAAGAAGCACCCCGCCAACGCAGGCCACUCCCCAGCCGGCAGCGAAACGAAGCCCACCUCCGAGAGCAAAGAACACAAUGCAUCCUCUUCUCUAAGCGACGCAGCCCGAGACGCCAUCGGCGCAGCUCGCGCGAACAAGGGACAGCAGGCCAAGGCCGAGAUCUCGCCCGCAGGCCAGCUGCCUGGCCAGCAAUAUGACGAUCCGCCGGCCAAGUUCAACAAGGAGAAGUGCGAGGACUGUGCUUGA